CAAUGUUCCUUGGAGGCGUUACGAAGCAUCCCGUACUCUUGGGGGCAUAGCCUAAUAUUAGACGGAAAUGAUUUAUGGUCGAUGAAGGUUGAAUGCCGAAGAACUUGGACGUGUCCGUGUUGAUAAGAACACCGAACAGAUUCGGCUGGAUCUCGUGAGCGCUUCUGAUCAGAUUUAUUCUCUUGGAACAGAGCCAGAUUGAAGUAGAUAACAUAUGCUUUCUCAGCUCGCAAACAAACCAAUGUGUCUGACGAGUAGUGGGUCGUUAUGGCCUCAAGUCCAGGCUACUAUGGGGAUGUGGCUGAGGCGCCGGAGAGACAAGGGUUGUUGCGCGAGAGGGAUGGAAGGCUGUCGAAGGGUUGGUGAGGCUUGCCUCGUGCGAGCUUCGAUGCCCGCGCCGACUGGAGCCGGUGUCGCGGUGGAAGUAUGCAACAAAUCGAGGGAAGCGGUUUCCUGGUUCGGUAGGAGAGAUUGGUAUAAGCCUGGAGAAGUUGAGCGGAAGCCAACUUCAGCACCAUCAGAUAUCCGACCCUGCUGCACGUGCUUACGAUUCGCCUAUGGACACUCUGUGUUCCUACACUCCCGAACCAAGUGCAUUAUAGAGAAUAAAUCUAUGUGCCCCAACUUUCAAGCAAGGCCAUCGUGUCUCAACAAUCAUUGAUGGACCUCAAAUCAGCGGACGUGCAAUGAAAACCAUCAGGACGAUAUCUAUCUUCACCGAGUACGAAGGUCACGGCACAGGUCUUAGAGAAGCAGUGCUUAUCAUACUUGACAAUUGGCACAACAAUAUCUCAAAACUAGGAGAGAGAAGUUAUAUCUAUCUAUUUCACUGUGUACAAGAGAUUUCACCGCUAAUGCAUAGCACCUGUAC